GUCUGUGUCUGUACAGCCAAGCACCCUGACCCAAAUGAAUAUCUGUCUCUAGGAAAACGAAGCAGCCAAAAUACAGAAAUCUGAGAAUUUUCUUCUUCCAAAGGUCCGUGUGAGAACAGACAGGAAGGGAAAAGUACCCUGAAUGCUUGGUAUGGAAGGGGUUAAGUCCUCAGUCAUCCUAUUCUAAAGUAAUUUAUGAUGAUGUGUAGCGUUUCAAAACUUUCCCCCACUCCAAAGAGCAGCCCUCACCCUGCUCACUGAGUCCACUCUCAACGUGCUGAAAUGGGAAGGAGGCGGUGUUUUGCUGAUCUGUUAAAUUCUUAGUGAAAUUUCCUUGAUUUCCAGUGGCUGCUGUUGUUUGAGUUUGGUUUGGAGCAAAACUGAGGUAGUCCUGACAUUUCUGGGACUGAAUCCAGGCAAGAGGAAGAAGAAAAAGAAGAAGGAAAAGAGAAGAAAAAAGGUGGGGAGAAAUAAAGGGAGGGGAGAAGCGUAGGAAAAGAAAAAAAAAGUCCUUUUUCAACAUCACAUUCCUGUGUUUUCCCUCAGCCUGGAAAACAUAUUAAUCCUAGUGCUUUUACGCCCGGAAACAAAGGGACUAAGCCAGACUGUGGGGGAAAGGGAGAUAAGAAGGAUCCUGGAACUCUAAAGAGGGAAAGAGCGAGAUUUAGAAAUCGCCAGGACUCAACUUUAAGGGACCUCUCGUGUCAGCACAAGAGACUGGCUCACACAGACACACAAGACCAAGGAGAAACUACAGACAAAUGGAGAUACAAAGACUUAGAAGGACAGCUCCUUUCACCUCAUCCUACUUGUCCAGAAGGUAAAAAGACACAGCCAGAAAGAAAAGGAAUCAGCUCAGCUCUCAAGACGCUGGUGCUGUGGAUCCGUGGUGCUGCUUUGAAAGCUGGAGCCGCAGCACACCCCUUUUGUACCGCUCACCCUCGGCAAGGAGAGAGAGGGUUGGGAGAAAAAGUAUUUCAUCUAGGAAACUGUCCUGGGGACCAAACUUCAGAUUUCUUUUGAAACCCUCUGCAUUCCAGCUCUAUGAGCCACGAUUGGAUUACACAAUGACGUGGAGAAUGGGUCCUCGUUUCAUCAUGCUGCUGGCAAUGUGGCUGGUGUGUGGGUCAGAACCCCACCCCCAUGCCACGAAUAGAAGGAGCCCUGGAGGGCAGAAAGUGCCUUUGGUUUCCCCAGGGGGCAGCAGGCCAGCGCGGCUCCUGAGGCACACGGGGAGGUCUCGUGGAAUCGAGAGAUCCACUGUGGAAGACCCAAGCCUUCAGCCUCUCCAGAGAAGGAGGAGUGUGCCAGUGUUGAGGAGUGUGCCAGUGUUGAGACUAGCUCGCCCCACCGAGCUGCCAGCUACCUCGGGCAUCCGUGGAGCCCCUGUGAGACCUGAGCAGAGACCAGCAGCCCGGCGCUCUCCCCGAGAGAUGGUCCGAGAUGAGGGGUCCUCGGCUCGGUCAAGAAUGUUGCGUUUCCCCUCUGGGUCCAGCUCCCCCAACAUUCUUGCCAGUUUUGCAGGGAAGAACAGGGUGUGGGUGAUCUCAGCCCCUCACGCCUCGGAAGGCUACUACCGCCUCAUGAUGAGCCUCCUGAAGGACGACGUGUACUGCGAGCUGGCGGAGAGGCACAUCCAGCAGAUCGUGCUGUUCCACCAGGCCGGCGAGGAAGGCGGCAAGGUGAGGAGGAUCACCAGCGAGGGCCAGAUCCUGGAGCAGCCCCUGGACCCCGGCCUCAUUCCGAAGCUGAUGAGCUUCCUGAAGCUGGAGAAGGGCAAGUUCGGCAUGGUGCUGCUGAAGAAGACGCUGCAGGUGGAGGAGCGCUACCCGUACCCCGUCAGGCUGGAGGCCAUGUACGAGGUCAUCGACCAGGGCCCCAUCCGCAGGAUAGAGAAGAUCAGGCAGAAGGGUUUUGUCCAGAAGUGCAAGGCCUCUGGCGUAGAGGGCCAGGUGGUGGAGGAGGGGAACGGUGGCGGGGGAGGAGCAGGAAGGCCGAGCCCGGGCAGUGAGAAGAGGAAAGAGGACCCAAGGAGACCACCAGUCCCACCGACCAGAGAGAGCCGGGUGAAGGUGCUGAGAAAACCAGCCACCACGACAGCAGCCUUCCCCCCACCACCCCCAACCCCGAGGGCCACAACCCUUCCUCCUCUUCUACCCACAAUGGCGACUCGGGCCACCACCAGGGUGGUGACAAUAGCCACAAGACCUACCACCACCACUGCCUUUCCAACCACCCAGAGGCCCUGGACCCCCUCAGCGCCCCACAAGCCCCCGGCAACAACUGAGGUGACCAUUGCAAGGGGGCCCUCAUUCUCAGAGAAUCUUUAUCCUCCAGCCCGGAAGGAGCCACACAGGGAGAGGCCACAGACCACCAGGAAGCCCAGCAAGGCCACCAGCUUUGAGAGCUUCACGGCCGCCCCUCCCACCACCAUCUCGGAGCCCAGCACAAGGGCUGCUGGCCCAGGCCGUUUCCGGGACAACCGCACGGACAGGCGGGAACACGGCCACCGGGACCCAAAUGUGGUGCCAGGUUCUCACAAGCCAGCCAAGGAGAAACCUCCCAAAAAGAAGGCCCAGGACAAAAUUCUUAGCAACGAGUAUGAGGAUAAGUAUGACCUCAGCCGGCCUACUGCCUCCCAGCUGGAGGAGGAGCUGCAGGUGGGGAAUAAUUCCCCCCCGAAAACCAAGGAGUCUAAAAAGCAUGAAAAGCUUGAGAAACCAGAGAAGGAGAAGAAAAAAAAGGUGAAGAAUGAGAAACCAGACAAGUCACUCAAGAGUGAAAAGCAAAUGAAGAAGGCUGAGAAAAAGAGCAAGCAGGAGAAAGAGAAGAGCAAGAAGAAGAAAGCAGGUAAAACAGAGCAGGACGGCUAUCAGAAAGCCACCACCAAGCAUUUCACUGAGAGUCCCAAGAAGUCAGUGGCCCACCUGCUGGGGUCCUUUGAAGGCAAGCGGAGGCUCCUUCUGAUCACGGCUCCCAAGGCUGAGAACAACAUGUACGUGCAACAACGUGAUGAAUAUCUGGAAAGUUUCUGCAAGAUGGCCACCAGGAAAAUAUCUGUGAUCACUAUCUUCGGCCCUGUCAACAACAGCACCAUGAAAAUUGACCAUUUUCAGCUAGAUAACGAGAAACCCAUGCGAGUGGUGGAUGAUGAAGACUUGGUAGACCAGCAUCUCAUCAGUGAGCUGAGGAAAGAGUAUGGAAUGACCUACAAUGACUUCUUCAUGGUGCUGACAGAUGUGGAUCUGAGAGUCAAGCAAUACUAUGAGGUGCCUAUAGCAAUGAAGUCUGUGUUCGAUCUGAUCGAUACUUUCCAGUCCCGAAUCAAAGACAUGGAAAAGCAGAAGAAGGAGGGCAUUGUUUGCAAGGAGGACAAGAAGCAGUCCCUGGAGAACUUCCUAUCCAGGUUCCGGUGGAGGAGGCGGUUGCUGGUGAUCUCUGCUCCUAACGACGAAGACUGGGCCUAUUCACAGCAGCUCUCUGCCCUCAGUGGUCAGGCAUGCAAUUUUGGUCUGCGCCAUAUAACCAUUCUGAAGCUUUUAGGCCUUGGAGAUGAAGUCGGGGGAGUGUUAGAACUGUUUCCUAUUAAUGGGAGCUCUGUUGUUGAGCGAGAAGACAUACCAGCCCAUUUGGUGAAAGACAUACGUAAUUAUUUUCAAGUGAGCCCGGAGUACUUCUCCAUGCUUCUAGUUGGAAAAGACGGAAAUGUCAAGUCCUGGUAUCCUUCCCCAAUGUGGUCCAUGGUGAUCGUGUAUGAUUUAAUUGAUUCAAUGCAACUUCGGAGACAGGAAAUGGCCAUUCAGCAGUCACUGGGGAUGCGCUGCCCAGAAGAUGAGUAUGCAGGCUACGGUUACCAUAGUUACCACCAAGGAUACCAGGAUGGUUACCAGGAUGAUUACCGUCAUCAUGAGAGUUAUCACCAUGGAUACCCUUACUGAACAGAAAUAUGUAACCUUAGCCUCAGCCAGUUUUCCCUGCAGCUGCUAAAGCCACAUGUGGCCAGCUCUGUUCUUCUACACUGCCUACAUCCCCUGCCUUUUUCUUCCAGUGUUCUUCCAAGAGUAAAUAAAUAGCAAACUUUCACCU